AUGUCUUCUUCUUCCUCCACACUGCCCUUUGGCCAGCACGUGGCCCUCGCCGACAUCUCCGGCCCGACCUAUGUCACGGCGCAGCUGCUCGUCCAGCACGUUGCCUACAAGCUCUCGGACAAGAUCUUCUCGUACUCGCCCGAGACGUUUGACCUCGACGUGGCGGCGCGGCGGUGGGCCGCGGCCGGCGACAAGAACGUGCACAGCUACACGCCCGAGGUGCUGAGCCUGCAGACGCGCGCCGGCGCCGGCGCCCUCGCCCUCGGCUACAUCUUCUCGCCCGACUUUGACGUCCGCAAGCGCCACAUCCCGCAGACGCUGCUGGCCUCGUCCGGCAGCCUGCCCGCGCUGCGCGCCACGCUCGACCAGCUCUCGCUGCUCUACAGCGUCGCCAGCCCAUUUGUCGCCCACGUCGCGGCCGCCGACUACUCGGCCGCCAGCGGCCUCGUCGCCAGCUACGACGGCGCCCUGCGCCUCGCCGAGGAGCUGGGGCUCGGUCUCGUCGCGUCCUCGUCGGCGUACGAGGCCCAGCACAUGGCGCUCUUUGCGACGCUGCUCGCCACGGUGCUGCCGACGCUGCACGUCUACGACGGCGUCCGCGUUGCCCGCGAGACGCUGCGUGUCGUCGAUGCGCUGGGUGAGGCUGGCGUGGCCGACCUGUACGCCAAGCUUGCUGCGGAAGCCGGCAAGCUCAACCCGCGUCUCGACAACGCCGGCAAGGCGGUCGAGCUGCUCAAGGUCUUCAACGAUGAGCUCGGCACCGUUUACGCUCCGUUCGAGUACCACGGCCACGAAGCUCCCGAUGUGGUCCUCGUUGCCUUUGGCAGCGUCGAGGCGCAGGUGGCCCGUCAGGUCCUUACCAAGAUCGCCGUCGAGGGCGCCAAGGUCGGCGUCAUCAACGUGCGCGUCUACCGCCCCUUUAUCGAGGAGGCGUUCCUCGCUGCCAUCCCCGCCUCGGCCCGCACCGUCGCCGUCCUGGGCCAGGUCAACAGCGACGCGGCCCUGCACGACGAGGCCACGCAGUCGGCGCUGUACGGUGAUGUCCUGACCGCCGUCACCUUUUCCGGCAGCAAGUUCGCCGAGGAGCCCGACGUGCUGGACAUCAAGUACACGGCCGCGCAGACCCUGACGCCCCAGGGCCUGGUCAACACGCUGCACAAGGUCUUUGGCAACGACGGCGAGGCCAACACCCUCCCCUCGCUCGUGGCCGCGGAGCAGUACACCUUCUGGGACCUGGACAGCUCGGCCGCCGUGGCCUCGCCCGCCGUCAUUGGCACGCUUCUCGCCAAGCAGUCCACCUCCAACGUCUUUGUCCGCGAGGUCUACGACAACCUCACCCAGGGCGGUGCCGUCCGCGCCGACCUCCGCGUCUCCAAGAAGACGCUGGAGGCUCCCUACGACAUCAACGAGGCUGACGCCAUUGUCGUCGGCGACGAGAAGAUUCUCAAGGACGUUGAUGUCCUCGCCAGUGUUGCUGCCGGCGGCAAGGUCAUCCUGAACCUGCCCGGCUUCAAGGAAGACGAGGUCGAGAAGCGCCUGUCGGCCAGCUUCCGCAAGACGCUCGUCGACAAGGACGUUGCUGCGUUUGUCCUCGACCCUGCCGUUCUCCCCGCCUUUGAAAAGGACCCGGUUGCCUCCAGGCUCCUCCUCGAGCUUUCCUUCCUCAAGAUUGCGCAACCAUCGGUGUCUCCCAAGGACAUCACCAUUGCCGCUCAAAACGUCACUCUCGAGCAGGCUGCCGAGGCGGUCGACCAGUGCCUCAGCAAGCUCGAGAUCCAGGCCGCCUGGGCCGAGUCCGAGGAGGCCGCCACCGCCACCGAGCUUCCUCUGACGAUCCAGCCCAACAGCUUCGUGCCCUUUGCCAAGGACGAGGACGAGCAGGCCCUGCAGCUGCAGGACUGGCAGGCCCUCGCGCGCGGCAUCGUCUUCAAGGAGGCGUACGGCGCCCGCGCGGCGGUGCGGCCCGACCUGGCCGUCACCACGCACACCGUCACGGUCAAGGAGAACCGCCGCCUGACGCCCUCCGACUACGACCGCAACAUCUUCCACAUUGAGUUUGACCUCGGCACCACGGGCCUGACCUACAAGAUUGGCGAGGCGCUCGGCAUCCACGCGGAGAACGACGUGGCCGACGUCGAGGCCUUUAUUCAAUUCUACGGCCUCGACGCCGAGGACCUCGUCCAGGUGCCGUCGCGCGACAGCUCCGCGGUGACGGAGCUCCGCACCGUGCACCAGGCGCUCGUGCAAAACGUCGACAUCCUCGGCAAGCCGCCGAAGCGCUUCUACGAGGCGCUCGCCGAGUUCGCCACGGACGAGACGGAGCAGAAGAAGCUCGAGGCGCUCGGCAGCCAGGCCGGCGCCGAGGACUUUAAGCAGCGCACUGAGGUCGACACGCUCACGUACGUCGACGUGCUCGAGGAGUUUGCCUCGGCGCGCCCGAGCUUCCACGACCUGGUCAGGAUUGUCAGCCCGUUGAAGCGCCGCGAGUACUCGAUCGCGUCGGCGCAGGCCGUGACGCCCAACUCGGUGUCGCUGAUGAUUGUCGUCGUCGACUGGGUCGACUCGCGGGGCCGCACGCGCUACGGCCAGGCGACGCGGUACCUGUCGCGCCUCGCGGCCGGCGCGCCCGUGACCGUGUCCGUCAAGCCGUCGGUCAUGAAGCUGCCCGUCCGGGACACGGCGCCGCUCAUCAUGGCCGGCCUGGGCACGGGCCUCGCGCCGUUCCGCGCGUUCGUGCAGUACCGCGCGAUGCAAAAGGCGCAGGGCAAGGACAUUGGCGCCAUCCUGCUGUACCUGGGCUCGCGCCACCAGCGCGAGGAGUACCUGUACGGCGAGGAGUGGGAGGCGUACCGGGACGCGGGCGUGGUGACGCUCAUCGGCGCCGCCUUCUCGCGCGACCAGCCGCAGAAGAUUUACAUCCAGGACCGCAUGCGCCAGACGGUCGGCGACAUUGUGCAGGCGUACAUCAAGGACGAGGGCAGCUUCUACCUCUGCGGGCCGACGUGGCCGGUGCCCGACGUGACGGCCGUGCUGCAGGAGGCGAUUGCGGCCGAGGCCAAGGCUGCGGGCAAAAAGGUUGACCCGAAGAAGGAGAUUGAGAAGCUCAAGGAGGAGGGACGCUACGUGUUGGAAGUUUACUAG